AUGGGAGCCGACACAGGUGACGGUCUUGCUCGGAGGAAAGGAGCAGACUUUUCUGUCCGCUUUCAGAGUAAUGUCAGAAAGCUGACUAAAGAGGGUUUAAGCAUGAUUCGUCCAGAACACUCUUGGGCUUCCAACUCUCUGCGAGAUGGUGAAUUUACAGCCGAGUAUUCUGCAAUGGAGACAACCGUGGCGGUUGACUGUCCCAUACCUAUCGGCUCGCAGUCGUUACCGCUCACAGUCGGGCUGUGUCUCCAUAGGCUGAUCCAUUCGGGACUUAUUAGACGAGUACUUCAGGCUACAUUAAAUAGUGGAACGAUACUACUUCACGAGAAUCCUAGUUCAAGACGAUGGGUGAAACUAGUACGCGUGGCACGAGACUGUCAUGAACAAAAUGCUCAACUGACUAGAACCAGCGAAGAACAUCUAGUUCUAGAAACAACUCGAAAUAUAUCAGCAGGAGAGGAACUGUUUGUGUGGUUUGCAACAGACAUGUUGUUCGAACAGGCCAUUCCGUUUCUCUUGCCUAGUCAGAUACUUGGUCAAGAACAGUAUUCUUGUGUUGUUUGCGGUACCACAUUUUCUCAUCCAAACCCUUUAAAGGCCCAUAUUAUUCUGGAGUGCAGUGGUCGAUUUAAACCUGCUCAGCUAAAUACAACCUCUGAAAGACUCUCUGCUGAUCAUGGUGGCAUGUCCUCUCUGCAUUUCUCCAGAUGGCCUGAGACUGUAACCAUUGUCACCAAUCAAUAUCAGAAGCAGUUACCAGCACGAGGUUUCCAUGAUCCUCUUCCUCUUGCUGACCCAGUUUUUCCGCCCAAUGUCUUCCAUCUUUCAAAUAAUGAGCAAAGUACAAAUUUUCCUGGUAUUGCUAGAACUCUCACGGGGACAUCCUAUGUUUCUACUAGUUCUUCAGGUGAGACUAAUGCGGUUCCUCGUGGUCACUGCUGUGUUUAUUGUGGAAAAGUGUACUCAAGAAAAUAUGGACUCAAAAUUCAUGUUCGGACACACACUGGUUAUAAACCACUCAAAUGCAAGUAUUGUCUUCGACCAUUUAGUGACCCCAGCAACUUAAAUAAGCAUGUGCGUCUGCAUGCAGAUACUACGAGUCCGUAUCAAUGCUCUCACUGCGGAAAAGUCCUCGUGAGGCGGCGUGAUCUGGAGCGACACUUACGUUCACGACACGGUCUAACGUCUGAAAAUGAUGUUGCCAUAGCGACAGAAAACCAAAAUUAA